GCGGCAGCGGGAGCGGCGCGGCAGUCGAGUGGAGACCACGGUCGCGCGUGUCUCGUGCGUCCCGCGCGUCGCCGCCCCGUUCCGUUUCGCUAUCGGCAAAGUGUGUGACGUCACGCGCGUGACUGGCAGAGUGAUUGUUGUGUUGUAAUGUGCAGUGCGGAUAAACAAGGAUUGUCGCGGACCCUCGUCCAUGGAUGCCACGUAAGGGAAGCGUCCGCGUCCUCAUGAAGAGCACAGUGCAAGAUGGUUAGAGAGACUCGACACCUUUGGGUCGGAAAUUUGCCGGAGAAUAUACGUGAAGACAGGAUUCGAGAGCAUUUCAAACGCUAUGGCCGUGUUCAGAGCGUCAAGCUGCUGCCCCGGCACAAGGACGCCGUGCUUGACGGGGCCAGCGGGCUGUGCGCUACCGUGGCCUUCAUGGACAUCAAGUCGGCGUCCAAGGCGCACCUGACUGAGCACAAGCUGGACGAGCGGUGCUUGACGACGGACUAUUACGAGCCCGCCGCCAUCCCCGGCCACCCCGGCCACCCCGGCCCGGCUGGUGGUGCUCCCUCCGCGGCCGCUUACGCCUCGUCCCCCAGGUUCUCUCACGGGCCUCCAGAGGACCUCCCCACGUUCGACCGGUCUAGUCAUUUUUACGAGCGCGGGGGUCGCGGGGCGGUGGUCGAGGGCGAGGCGUACAACAGGAGGCCCGGGCCGGGCGCGGCCUACCACGUCCCCGUAGAGGCUGCCCCUCUGGGUCCCCUGGGUCCCCUGGCGCCCCUGCCCUUUCCGAGGGGCAGGACGCGGGAGAGGCUGCACCGGAACGGACCGACCCACGGACCGGCCCACGGCCCAGCCCACGGCCCGGCGCCGUUCAACCCCAUCCUAGAAAGUAGAUCCCCUGCCGCCCACCACCGGGUCCCCCCGCCGGGUGCAUGGACCCCGUACGACGGCACGCCCAACAGCCGGUACACGCCGCAGCUGCCGCAGCCCGGGGCGGCGCCGGCGACGGUGGACGGGUACGCGGAGGACGCCAUCCGGAGGGAGGUCCACAAGAAGCGGUCGUCGAAAUCACGCCGCGAUGGGGAGGUGAUGACGCGUGUCCUGUUCCGACACAGGUCGGGCAGCGAGUCGGGCUCCCACUCCCGAUCCCAGUCGGGGUCCAGCCGGAGUCGGUCGCGGAGUCGGUCUCGGAGUCGUUCGCGGAGCCCCUCCAGCGCGUCGUCCAGAGACUCCAGCGGGAGCAGCUGCAGCUCGGCCUCGUCCAGCCCAGGCUCGGACAAGUCUGUGUCCCCGCACAGUGUUUGUUUUUUCAGAUCGGUCGGGUCGAGUCAUCACGGAAGUGUGAGAGGGUCUAUCAGACUAGGGAGCACAGUCCAGUCAGCUGUUAGCGCCCCUCACCAGAAUAACUCCUCGAACCAUAGUGAUGACACGAGACCGCUUGUGAUAUGUGUUAGAAAUUUACCGAUCAGAUCUAGUGAUACAAGUUUGAAAGACGGUCUUUUUCAUGAAUAUAAGAAACAUGGGAAAGUCACGUGUGUAAAAGUGGUUGGCCAGGCCGAAGACAGAUAUGCACUGGUUCGCUUCAAAAAGCCUGAGGAUGCUGAAAAGGCUCUUGAGGAAUCCCAUAACAAACUGUUCUUUGGCUGCAAAAUAGAAGUAGCAGCUUACCAAGGUUACGACGUAGAUGACAAUGAAUUUAGACCAUAUGAAGCUGAAUUGGACGAAUACCACCCAAAAGCCACUAGAACAUUAUUCAUAGGAAAUUUGGAAAAAGAUAUUUCUCCAUCAGAAAUCCGGAAACAUUUUGAACAAUUUGGAGAAAUUAUUGAAAUUGAUAUUAAAAAGCAAGGCGGCGCUACAUCUUAUGCGUUUUGUCAGUUUGCUGAUAUUGGUAGUGUUGUUAAAGCUAUGCGCAGCCUUGAUGGCGAGCACUUAGGAAGCAAUAGAAUAAAACUUGGUUUUGGCAAGUCAAUGCAGACCAAUUGUGUAUGGGUGGGUGGUUUGGGCGAUAAUGUUCAAGAAAAGUACCUGAAUCUGCAGUUCAACCAAUUUGGUGCAAUCACUCAAGUUUCUGUUGACCGAGAACGUGGAUAUGCCCUUAUUUUCUUUGAACAAGUGUUAGCAGCUCAGAUGGCUGUGAAAGAAAUGCGAGGAGUUAACCUUAGGGGUCGUAAAGUUCAAAUUGACUUUGCGUCAAGAGAAUGUCAAGAUGCUUUCUUUGUUCACAUGGAAAAGCAAGGGUCCACAGACCGAGCUUGGAGAGAAACUCCCUAUGAUUCAACAGCUGCCCCUGCUGCUAGGUUUGAAACUGCUGUUGUCACGGCUGGAAGAUUCUCCCGGUUUGAGGCUACUCCACAACGGCAAAGAACAGCCUCCUACUCUAGAAGUGGGACACCUGGUUCAACGAGUGGCAAUGUCACUCCCAGUGGAUCCUCGACCCCAGUGGGUGUCACAAGAGUGGUUCCCAGAACACCUAGGUCUUCCCAAAGAUAUGAGCUCUUCGAUGCUCCCAAUGCUUCUGAAUUCACAGACAGGAGGUAUAGGAGCUACGAUGAGUUUUCCCAGGGAAGCGGAGGUGCAAGUGGCCACUCGGAUGGCUAUGAAGGCAGCCCAAGUCUACGGGGAGGUGGGGAGAGUGGUGCUGCAAGUGAGAAUGAAUACUCAAAACGCCUGCAGAGUGUGGUGGUGAGUGAGCCAGUUCCGGCCCAUCCACAUCCACACGCUCCCCACCCUAGUCAACAUCACCCUCACCCACACCAUGGCCACCCACCACAGGGCGAGCUUAGAACAUUACAAAAAGAAAGAAUGCACAUUCAGCAUCAGUUGGAUCAGCUGGAUGAUGGAGAUUCAUCGGGUUCAGAGGCAACAUUUCCGAGGAAGAGGGUACGGGUAGAUGAUACUGAAGUUAUCUGUGAUGCCCUUCACAACCAUCGGAGAAGUGUGUCUGAAGUUAGAAGGUUAUCGGAAGGAGGCAAGCAUUGUGGGAGGCGGCAGUCCACGGAUAGUGGCAAGCAUUGUUCAAUAUAUUCCCCUCACCCUGUCUGCAAAAGAAGAAAAACUGGUAGCUCUACUUCAGAAACUGAUGAAAGAAGGUAUCACCAUCAUCACCAUCAUAACAAUGAUGUCACAGUUCUUAGUGGGAAUGAAUCUGGAGACAACUCAAGACCAGGCACUCCUUUAUUUGAUGAAAGGCCAGAAAAUAUUUUACCAACAGAGCCUAGAAGACCUCGAGAACGAUUAAAUGAUGUACCUCUGUCACUACCCCUGCCAAGGUUUGCCGCCCAGAUGCAGUUCCCUCCCCGACAGUCGGCAGCCGCCAAGCUGUCGUCUAUCUCCUCCCCUCCGGCUGUGACCUCCCCCAAGCCCGUCUCCCUGCCGGUGCCGAGCCCCAACCCGAGCCCGGUGCCGCCGCCAGCGUCGCCCCCGCCGUCGCGAAGGCCGCCCUGCGCGCCGUCACCCUCGUCGUCAGACUCUGACGGCGGCAACCUCAACUCGCCCAAGCACUCGCCCACCACCGACCACUCCCUGGAGGAGCGCGUCAAGGCGCUGGACAAGAUGUACGAGCAGUGGACGGGGUCCAGGGCCAUCUGCGCGUCGGGCGGCGACACCCUGUCCAAGGUGGACAACUCGGUGACGGAGCGGCUGCGCUCCAAGCACAAGUGUCUCGACUUCGACCUGCCUGGCAUGAGGCCGUCGGAGAUCGUGAGUCUAGUCCUGGCCAAGCGGUCCGUCUUCGACGAGGACUCGAAGCGGCUGGAGAACGUGAGCGACAAGUACGAGCCCAAGGAGUUUGUGCCGGCGACCAGAGCCCUGCGGAUAGCGGGGCUGCCCAGCCUGCCCAGCCUGGGGGACCCGCUCAGCAAGGGGCCCAUCUCGCCGUCCGGCAAGGCGGGCCUGUUCCCCUCGCCGCUUUCCUCGCCGCUGUCGUCGCCGCUGUCCGCGGCACCGGCAACGACGCCCAGCCUCUCCGCCAUCGCCGCCAAGUCGCCUCUGUGUGCGGCCGCGGCGUCCACCAACCCCAAGCCGAUGAGCCCCACCGUGCAGACGGCCUCCGCCACCUGCUCCGGUUCGCCAGGCACGCCGGCGUUGAACAAGCUCCCUGUGUCGAUCUCAAUACCAAAGACCCCCGGCCUGCAGUACCCCUUCCCCAGCCACCCGCCCACUUCGUCCGUCCAGCCCGCCGCCUCGGUGGCAUCGCCCACACCCUCCACCUCGGCCUCGGCCUCCACGUGCUCGUCGAGCGUGGGGCUGCUGAGUGUCGUCACCACCGCCUCCAUCACCGCCACGUCCCUGUCGGCGUCCACCACGCCCACGACGAGCAGGCCGGCGUCGCCGGAGACCUCGGCGUCGGCGAGGCUCAAGCUGACAGUGGUGACGACGCCUGUUCCUGCGACGCCGUCGACGUCGACAUCGGCGGAGGCGCUGGCGUCGUCGUCGCCGCGCGUCGGCGUGCCGUCCGCCGUGCCUAGCGCCAGCUCGCCGUCCAUGGGCGGCGUGACGGCCUGCGUGUCUGGCUCGGACCCCAGGCUGACCAAGAUGGCCAGCUCGUCAUCGCCCACCACGGCCGUGACGGCGUGCUCUGGUAACACGCCGUCACCCGAAGCCACCAGGACGUCGGUCUCCACGGCGUCCAACAACGCCUUCCCGGGGCUGGCCUCCCCGGAAGGAUCAAGAUUAUCAGCGAGUGCUGCGGCAAGUCCUCCGCGUGUGGCGGCGCUCGAAGCCUCUUCCAAACAGGAGAAUUUACCAAAGAGUGUGAGCGUGAGCGGCAGUGGUCAAGUGUGUGCUAGUUCCAUUCCCACGAGACUAAAUGCUUCUUCGCCAGCAAGUAGAAACAUUCCCGUUAGUGUUGAAUCAACGCGGACAUUAGUGACGCCACCUUUGAGUGCAAGUUCAAGUGUAGAUGCAACCAUGACGUCAAGUUUGACUGUUACAACAGCCUCCCCCACAGUUGUAACGUCAACCUUUACAAACGCCAUUCCAGUUCCCUCACCUCCAAGUGUUCCUUCAGCAGACAUCUCUAAGUCAUUACCUAAAAAGGAUAUUAGUUUAUCGCAAUCUAAGUUAAGCAUUAAGAAAGAUUCUUUAUCUUCUCCAACUACGUCACCUUCACAAAGCCCCAAAGAGAAGCAAUUAGAUGCUUUUUCAAAAGUAUCAGCUCCUUCAAGAAGAGAGUCGGCUUCGUCUAGUACCAGUACCACCAGUUCCAGCAGCGGUGACAAUCAGAAAAGCUCAAAACACAAAAGUGACGAGAAGAGAGACCGCAAAGAAGUUCCUGCAACAGUCAGCAGCAGAAGAAACAGUGAACCUGAAUCAGAGAAAAGGAGAGAGAGAACAAAUUCUAUGGACAACAAAGAGCACAGAAGAAAAGAUAAGGACACAGAAAACCACCGUCGUAAAGAACGUGACUCCUUGGAAAGCUCUGAUAGGGAUAGAUCUCGCAAACACCAUUCAGAAAAGAAAGAAGGCAAAGAAGGCUCUCCUCUCACCUCAUCUCUUGACAGAAGAAAGGACGAAAAAAGAGACAGUGAGAAAAAUGUUGACAGGCGUAGGGAUGAAAGAAGAAAAGAUGAGAAGUCUGAAAGAAGAAAAGAAUCGUCUGACAAGAGUGACCGACAUCGGGAUGAGAAAAGAAAAGAGAGCACUUCUUCUGCUGACAAGUAUGAGAGACGGAAGGAAGAGAAGAAGGAAGCUGAUAGGCUGGAGAGGCAUGAAGAAAGGUUGAAAGAUGACAGGCUGAAGGAGGAAAAUUCCCUCAAGGAAGCCGAAAAAUCCUGUGAUAAAUUAAAAGAAGUUGAACGACCCAAGGAAACAGAAAAGCAAAUUGAAAUUGACCGGAAGAAGGAACUGGAGUUGGAGAGGGUAAAGGAAGAAGAAAAAUUGAAGGAAGAAGAGCGUCUCCGAGAAGCUAAAGAAGCUGAAAGGCAGAAGGAGCUUGAGAGGCAGAAAGAACUAGAGAGUCAAAAGGAAAUCGAAAGGCUCAAGGAAGAGAAACUGAAGGAACUGGAGAGGCAGAAGGAACAAGAAAGGCAAAAAGAAUUGGAAAAGCAAAAAGAAAUUGAAAAAUUAAAGGAAUUAGAAAAACAAAAAGAGUUAGAAAGACAGAAGGAACUAGAAAAGCUAAAGGAACAAGAACGUCAAAAGGAAUUGGAGAGGCAAAAAGAUCAUGAUCGACAACUAGAAAAACAAAAGGAAAUGGAUAAAAAGAGAGAGGAGGAACUUAGGAAGAAAGAAGCAGAUCGCAGAAGAGAAACUGACAAACAAAGAGAUCCAGAGAAACAGAAGAAAAGCAAAGAUGGUGAGAAGCAUGCUGAGAGGCAAAGAGAAAGGGAGGAACGUAAGAAGGAUGAUAAGCAUGAUUCAGUUUCUGACAGAAGAAGACACACCACCGAUGGCCCUUCAGACAAGAAAAGGGAUGAAACCAUCGAGAGGCGAAGAGAAACUGUUGAUGGCUCGUCAGAUCGUAAACAUUCCAUUGAUGUGUCUGACCGGAAACACUCCUCGGAAUCAAAACAUGAUCGGGAACAUGAUCGCAGGAAGGAAGAUACUCAUUCUGAACGAAAGAGAGAAUCUACUGAAACGUCUGAGAGAAAGCAUAGCCAUAGUCACCACAGCACUCACAGAGAUGGUCACCACAGCAGUCAUCGAGAUGGCCAUGGUCAUAGAGACCACAGUCAUGGACACCAUGGUCAUAGUCAGCAUUCAGUGGAGAGGAGAGAAUCUCGUGACUCUACCAGCAGCAGUUUGUCAUCUGACCGCAGACACCAUGACUCGGAAAGAAGACAUUCUGAGGCAGAAAAGAAAAGCGAAACUCUCAUUGAGAAGAGACGAGAGCCCAGUGAUAGGAAAGAUGACAUCAGGCAUCCUCAUGUUGACUCCUCAGGUGACAAAAAGAAGGAUGCAACAGAAGUUCUUCUUGAAAAGUUCCCUGAAAGAAGGCGAGACUCAAUUGAUUCACAAACGGAGCGAAAGAAGGACUUUGACAAAGAUCACCACAUGGAGAUUGCUGCUGAGGUGACUGUUGCUGAUAAUGUUGAUAUUGACGAUGUCUCUGAGAAACGUAAGGAGAAACAGUCAUCUGAAGAACGGAGAAAGGAGCGCAAAGAAAGAAAAGAGCGUCUUGAGAAAGCAGAAAGAUCUGCUGCUCCGUUGCCUGCUCCAAUUGGAGGCAAGAGGCGAGUCAGCUCUCAGGAUAGUGUAGAAGGCACUCCUGAUGAUUGCAAGAGAAUCAAACUUGCCCCCAUUGGUGAAACGCCACCAGAACGAAGAGAUUCCAAAGACAGCGGCCGCAGUAGUGGCAGCAGUAAACGCAGCUCUGGUGAGCGACAUCUUAACCCAGCUGAGGAGUUCAACCUACAGAAACUUGACAAGACACCAAAGGAGAAGAAGAAGCCUCGAACACCUGUUGAAAUCAAUUCUGUUAAAGAGGAAUUGGAAUCUGAUGAUGAAAUACCAACUCCUAAAUCAGAAACUAAGGAAUUAAAGGAUAUGAGCCCAGAUUUUGGCAGCAGUGAAAGUCUAGAUGAGAAAGGCAGAUCCUCAAGAAAAGAAAAGCGAAACAGUGGUGAGUUUCGUAAAGAAGAAAAGAAAAGGAAGGAGAAUGCUAGAAGGCGGGAAGGUAACUUUCUCACUGGUACUGAUACUGAUGGCUCUGAUGAUGACAAAAAUGGACAAUCUAAAAAGCAUUCUAUCUUUGACAUUGUUGAUGAAGGUCCUGUAUACAUCUCGAUGUAUGACAAGGUGAAGGCUCGCUCGACCAAGAACAUGCAGAAGCAGGAGGAGGAGAAGCGUCAGGAAAAGAUGAAGGAGAAGUUCUCGGCCCUGAAGCAGUCCCGGGCCAAGCGCGAGGAGAAGAAGCGCUCCACGUCGUACGACGAGGACUCGGACUCGGCAGAGUCGGGCCGCGGCAAGAGCAGGCGCAAGGCCAUGGUUUCGAGCUCGAGCGAGUCUUCUGGAUCCGACACCAACAAGCUCAAGAAGGGCUCCAGAAGGAAGUCGGACUCGGAGUCGGACUCCCGCGGCAAGAGCAACCCGCUGCGGGAGGAGAGCGAAGGCGCCGCCAGGACCAAGGCCCUCCUCAACCAGCUGGCCAGGAAGGGCAGCCGCUCGCGCAUCGUGUCCGACACCUCCGAGGACGACCGCGCCCCCAAGCGCAGGCCCAAGGCCGCCAACAUCUUCUCGGACGACAGCGAGGUGGACAUGGGCUUCGCCGAGCUGGACGACAACCAGCAGUACAAGAACAAGACCAACGCCAUCGCCGACUCGUCCGACGAGGACCGUCGCCAGAAGCAGAUGGACGCGGCCAAAGCCAAGAUGUUCAUGGACAGCCUCAAGCUGGAGAAGAGAAUCAAGCAGAACCACGACAGCGGCGCGGAGGACGAUGGCACUGUGGAGGGCACACCGCCGCCGCCGGCGCUGGAGAACUGCAAGUACUCGAGCCACUCCAAGGACAAGGACGGCAUCCGCAAGAAGUCGCACAAGAAGAAGCAAAAGAAGCAGAAGAGUCCACCACACCGCGAGGACCCUGCGGACGGCGACUCGGAGAUGCCCGACAAAUCGGACCUGACCAACUGCGUGGAGAAGAGGAAGAAGCACACCAAGAAGGAGCGCAGGAAGUCGAACCACAGCAAGCUGCUGGGCGACGCGAGCGAGGAGGCCAAGGACAAGGCCAAGGCGCACGGCCGCAAGCUGGAGAACAACGUGAAGCGCGACGAGAAGAUGGAGUACAUCUUCGGCCCCCUGUCGGAGGACUCGGAGAACAGCAAGCCGCCCACGGCGCUCAACAACAGCAGCGACGCGCCGAUGCACAGUCCGACGUCCACGCCGAUCCCGGCCUCGGCCAGCUUGCAGCGCUUCGACAAGCUGCCGUCCAAGUGGCAGGUGUCGCAGGUGUACGGCUCGGACUCGGACUCGACCGGCCCCAGCACGGUGGAGCGCGAGGCGCAGGCCCUGGCCCGCAACAAGCGCAAGGAGAAGAAGCGGCGCGAGCGCAAGGCCCUGGACGAGGCCGGCAAGGCCCUGGAGGCCAAGCUGCUCAACGACGACCUGCCCAGCCUGGCCAGCCUGUCGCCCAUCAAGGCGGAGCCGCUGUCCUCCGCCUCGCUGCCCUCCGCCAACAGCCUGGACGUGUUCCAGUUCACGGAGGGCGAGGAGAGCCGCGAGGCCCAGCAGGACAAGGCCGAGGCGCUGGCCGAGCCGCUCGCCGUGGCGCACAAGGAGAAGCGCAAGAAGCGCAAGAAGUCCAAGGAAGAGAAGCAGAACCGCCACCAUCACCACCACCACCGGGAGCACAACCACCAUCGGGAACGCGAGCGCGACCGCGACAAGGCCAUGUCGCCCGACCGCAAGGUGUCCACGUCGACGCCCAGCCCGGCCGAAGUCAAGUCGGACGUGGAGGCGCCCGGCAGCCCUGGCGCUCCCAGUGCAGUGGCCAGUCUGCCGGACCUGUCCAUGCCCUCGCUGCCCAGCCUCAGCCCACCGCCUGCAGGCGCCGCCACUGCCGCGGCCCUGUCGCCGUCCACCGCCAAGAAGCUCCUCAUCCCCUUCAACGACGAGAACAUCCACGAGACGGCUGUCAAGAGCAUCGAGCAGUUCUCCCCCGUGCGGGACCAGCUGCCGUCGCAGUCGCAGCCUGAGGGCUUGCAGGACAUCAGGCACAAGGAGGACAACAAGCUGGUUAUCUCGCAGGAGGAGACCGAGGACGCCGUGGCCGCCCUGCUGGAGGAGACCUUCGGCGCCAGCAGCGACGACUUCGGCGAGCACGGUAGCUCUUACGACAAUGAGGUGGUGGCGGAUGAGGACGCCGACGAGGAGACGGCUCAGGCCGUGGACAGUUUGGGCAUGAAGCCCGAGACACCCCAGUCAGAGAACGACCUUCAGAUCGACACGGACACCGAAGAGACGGAGGCUGACUCGAGCCUCAGUGUGCCCGGCUCGCUGGACCGGUCGCUCAGCACGACGGACACCUCCAUGGACUUCAGCCGGCCGCCGCGCACGCCGGACCUGCCAGCGUCCUACUACAACCGCCAGCAACAGCUGCAACAGCAGGCCGCCGACGAGGCCGAGCGAGCCGCCGAGAAGAGCAAGGCCACCAAGGCCGUGCCCAGCGAGGGGCUGAUGGAGCGCAUCUCCGACUUGGCGAUGUCGUCGUCGUCUUCGCGGCCCUCGCCGCCCGCUCUGCCCAAGCUGGAGCCGGACGAACCAGUGCCUCCCGUGGCCGCGGCGUCACCAGCCUCGACGGCCCGCCUGUCGUCACCCAAGGCCGCCAGCGAGGUGAAGCCCGAGCUGUUCGACAAGCCCCUCGGCCUGCUCCACGCCACCACGCCCACCUUGGUGCCCAAGACGGAGCCAGGCACCGCCAUCACUGCGGCCCCUGCCCAAGUCCGCCACGACGCGCUGCCCGAGCAGGUGAAGCUGGACGUCAAGGAUGCCCCCAAGACUCCGGUUCCACGCCUGUCGAGCCCACCGCCGCUGGCCCAGCCCAUGAAGCCACUGGUCGUCAAGGUAGAGGCCAACCACAAUACCGGUCUCAAGUCACCCGUCGACCUGGACGCUGCCCUGCGCCGCGAGCCCAUUCUGCGCGAGGCCUCGCCCUCCAAGAACACCGUCAUCAAGGGCACCGUGGUCGCGCCCAUGUUGGCCAAGCCUGUAGUCAACAGCCACCCAGCGCCCCAUCCUCACUACAAGCCGUCAACCCAGCCCAAUGCUCUGCCGAUCAAGACCAUGCCCAACUACCAGCCUGGGCUCUCCGUCGUGCACGUGGUCCGCCCUGGCCUGGCGGCGGCACCGCAACCCUUGCCGCCAUUGCACAAGCCGGGGCUAACGCAUCCGUUGGCGACGCCGCCGCACCCCAAGACGACCGUGGUGGCGCCGCCCGGGACGUCCCUGGCGCCGACCCCGCCGUCGCACCCACUCGUCAACAACAAGGCCCAGGCCCUGCCGCAGGCCGUGCCCAGGGGAGUGCCGAUGCCCGUGGUCCGCGGCGUGGUGCCCACCGUGGUGCCGCAGCCCGUCAUCACCAGCCGCCUCGGGCCGCAGCCGCGGCCCCAGCACGCCGUGGUCAACGCCUCGGCCCACGUCUCGCCCCUCGUGUCGCCCCACGCCUCGCCUCAGGCCUCACCGCACGCCUCGCCGCGGCCGCAAGUCUUGUACAAGAUGGACGCCGGCCUGCAGUCGCCUCACGCGGUCGGCACCGUGGCCCCCAAGAUCGUCUCGCCGCCCGGCCUGAGGAUGCCGACGCCGCAGCCCACGCCGACGAGCGUCAUCACCAGCUCGGCCGCGUCGGCCGCGUCCGCUGCCGGCCUGCUAACCACCGUGACUCCAGCCACCGCCACUCCACCCAUGAUGACGACGACGCAGGCCCUCGCGGGAAGCAAGCCCAACCACGUGAUGCCGAUGGGGCCGAGGUUCGUCAACGCGGUGUGCGGUGUGCGGCCCAGCCAGCCUGCCAUGCCCCACCAGCCUCUCAUGCGCCACAUGGCGCCCUCGGGGCCGCUCGUUGUUCACCAAACUGGUGCUCAGCAGCCGGCCAUUCACAUCUCUGGCGCCCACCCAUCAGGGCUUCACCAACCUGGCGUCCUCAAACCAGGGAUGCAUCUACCUGGCGCUCACCAUCCUGGCGUUCAUCAACUCGGCGUCCAUCCUCCGAGCCCCUACCAGCCUGGCGUGCUCGCCGUCAACACAGCCUUCCAGGCCGGGAAGGUUCCCUACUCCAUGGCGUCGAGCCCCGGCGCGAUGUCUCCGGCGGCCAUGUCUCCGACCGCGACGCCUGCGGUGGACAGCGCGGUGCACGCCGCAGCGUCCAGCCCCAGGCGCAGCCCCAAGCGCGCCCAGGAGGAAGCCAAGCCGGACAGCGACAAGGACGACGACGAGGGUGAGGGAGCGCUGUGCAUCGUCGAGGACGACAUCAAGCCCACCAUGCCCUCCGCGCCCUCGCCAGUCAAGACGACGCCGUCGCAAGGCCCCUCCAAGAGCCAGAUCAAGUGUGACUCGCCCAUCGACACUAAGGACGAGUUCUGGUCCAAGGAGGUCAACAUCGACUCCGUCAUCAAGACCGUGGACGCGCUGUGCUCCAAGGACGACGAGACAGCCGACAAGCGGCGCGACAAGGCGACGGAGAAGGCGUGGUUCGACGCGCGCGCCUCUGGCGCUGCGGCUGCGGCCCCCGCCUCCGCCGCCACCAACUCGACGUCCAGCGACCCGGAGAAGAACUCACCGUGGCACACGGAGCGCGCCAGCGAGCCAGAGCGGCCGUGGCUGGCGGUCAAGCCCAUGGAGCGGGCCAAGAGCCCCAGCCCCAGCCCGGCGCUCAAGGAGGAGCCGUCGGCCGCCUCGUGGCUCUCGGCCGAGAAGGUGCAGGAGACUAUCAAGGCCGAGUCCAAGCCCUGGCCGCUCGCCUUCGAGAAGGACGAGAGCAAGGGGUGGCUGGCAGCCGCUCCCGUGGCCACGCCCGUGGAGCAAGUGCACCUGGCGCACCUGGUGGCCAACAAGGAACGCGACAAGAAGAACAUGCCGUGGCUGGAGGCCAAGAUCCCCGACACCGACAAGAUGUCCGACGCGUGGCUAGACAAGCUUAGCGCGUCGGCCCUCAAGGAGAAGGACAAUGGCAACAGGCAGUCGCCCUGGAUGCACCACCUGACUGCCGAGCAGGAGCGCGAACGCUGGCUGGCAGUCACCUCGCCGCGCAGCCCCCGCAGCCCCCGAAGCCCCAGCAUCACGGCCACCGCGGCUGAGACCCUGGAGGUGUCACCACUGGCCAAGGAGUUCGCCAGCCGCUCGCCGCUGUCCACCAUGGCCGCCGUGUCGCCACUGAAUCGUGACAAGCUGGAGCCCGCCUCGCUGCGGGAAGACCUGCCCAAGAGUCCCACCGUGGCGUCAGCGGCUAGCGCCUCGCCCUCCACCACGGCUAGCUCCGCCGCAGAGCUGGUCGACAACGACAAGAAGCAGCCGCACGGGCCAGCCUCGGUGGACAGCAACGCCGCCAAGUCGCCCGCCACGCCCGCGUCGUCGCUCAACGAGUCCAAGGAUGACGCCGACCUGUCCGACACCCACGACGACCACCACUCCGACGAGGACAAGGAAGAGCAGGGAGGCAGUCGCGGACGAAGGGCGCCGCGGCGCAACGCGCGCAGCACUCGCAACACGCGCGCGGCCGCGGCGCAGGGUGCGACGCCAUCUCAGCAGGGCGUGACGACGCGGCGUCGCCAGGGCAUGGCCGAGAAGGACGAGCCCAAGGACGCCAAGGACGGCAAGGACCCCAAGGCCCCGGCCACGGCACGCCGCGGGCGCACCAGGGUGCGUGGUGGCAACGACAGCGCCAGCCGCAAGCUCGCCGACGUGUACGAGUUCCGCGACGACUCCGACGACGAGAAGUCCAAGGACGAAACCAAGAAGGAGCCCGUCGAAGAGCCCGUCAAGAACAAGGAGGCCGAGGCGGAUGUCAAGCCUGAGGGCAGCAACACCGACUCGAAGAAGGACGACGACAAAGCAGGCAGGCCUCGCAUCAUCCUUACCAUCAAGGGCCCCGGCGUGGUCGCGGCUGCCACCACCAAGGACGCUGUGGCGAAGGACGCGGUCGCGAAGGACGCAGUGGCUGUCGCCAAGACCACCGGGCCCGUUGCAGUGCCACCCGCCGCCGCCGGGGAGACUCGCGAGGAGUCGCCUUCGGCUGUGCCGGCGGCUACCUCCGCCGCCCCUGCUACAUCGGCGGCCGCGGCGUCCACGGCGUCGACCCGCAAGUCCAGGCGUCUCCAGGAGAAGGACGGGUCCCGCAGCACGGUGGACGACAUCAUCGAUGACGUGUCUUCCCUCUCUCAGGUGAGGAACCUCGCCGUCGUCACGCGCUCCGCGGCCUCGGACCAGCCGGCCACCACCUCAGCCCCGGCCACAGCCCCCGCCACGGCCGCCGCGACUGCCCCUGGGGGCAAGGCCGUGUCCCCAGCCCCUGCAGCGGCCCCGGCCUCAGCAGUGGCUCCGGCCACGCCACCAGCCCCAGCGCCUGCCACGCGGCGCACCACCCGACAGGCCAUCCGCGGACUCGAGGCGACCACGCCCGAGCAGCCCAGGAAGUCACCAAGGGCUUCACGCAAGACCGCUGCCACCGCAACCACCGCAACCGCCGCAACCACUGCUGCUACUGCAGCCACGACCAACGCAGCUCCAGCCUCAAGCACUGCGGCGGCGCGCCGCGGCUCGCUGUCCGAUCACCAGGACUCGGCCAGCGAAGACACCAAGAAGCCCGCCGAGGCGGCCCCGCGUACGCAGAGUCCCAGCCCCGCGCGCUCCACCGCGUCGCCCACGCAAGCCUCGCCGCCAUCGCAGGCCGCGGCGUCCACCGCCGACAUGGCGGCAUCCGCCGCGUCCGCCGUGGCAGCGGCCACCACGACACUCAAGGCGCCCGGCAAGCUGAGCACGCGCGUGCUGGAGAAGGAGAAGGAGAAGGAGCGAGAGGAACGCGAGAGGAAGCGGCGCCUGGCAGGCCUCGUCGGGGUCGACCCGGCCGACUCCAGCGAGCCCACAAUGAUGAUCUGCCCCGAGACGGGCGUGCUGAUCCCCAUGCAGGAGGCCGAAGAGGGCCAGUACGUCCCGGUGCCCGGCGCAGCCAAGCAGCCCAUCAUCAUGAUGGGGAAGUCGGCCACACCCAACCAAGACGGCACCACCACAUGGCAGGGUCAGCCGGUGCCGGUGAAGCCGAUGCAGACUCUGAAGCAGCACGUGCUGCAGCAGGCCAAGCAGGAGAUCCAGCAGGCGCCGCUUCCACAGAAGGCCGUGCCGGGCGUGCCGGGCGUGCCCAUGCCAGUGGUGUACGCCAAGCCCGGCACGCUGCCGGCGCAGGAACAGCCCAAGCUGCUGGUAGCGCCCAUCCAAGCCAACGCCGUGCCGGCCGUCCCGCAGGCCGCCAAGGUGUGCGUGGUGCAGCCCGACGCCAAGAUGAACGUCAACGUGGUGGUCGGGCAGCCGCAGAAGCCGCGUGACAUGAUUCUCAAGGGGGCGACCACAUCCCAUCCGGUGCCCUUGGUGACCACGCCCAAGCCCGGAGUCGUCGCCAGCUCCGUGAACGCGGUGAACGCGGUGAACGCCGUGCCCCUGGUGGGAGCCGGGAAGGGUCCGAUCGGCGUGUCGGUGGCCAACAAGCCCGCCGCGCCCGCGGUGCCCGUCAUGAAGCAGAUCUCCACUCAGCCCCUGAAUCCCAAGGCGCACCUGCUGCAGGCGGUGGCGCACCUCCCGCAGAACCAGAACCAGGCCGUCAAGACCACGCUGCCCGCCAACAUGACCAAGAUCAACCACGUGUCCGCGGUGCAGGCAAGCAGCCCGGUCGUCCUCAACAAGUCCGCCACGGUGACGCCAAUGACACCCAAGGCGCACAUCCUGCAGUCCGUCGUGAACCAGAACAAGGCGACUGCGGCGCCGCUCGGCGUGGCGCUGCCCGUGCCGCAGCCUGCCCAGCAAGGCGUGCCGCAGGGCGUGGUGGUGCAGGCGCCCGGCCACAUGCUGGCCUCCACCGUCAAGCCGCAGACGCAGCCGAUGGCGCUGGGCGUCAAGUCCAACGCGCCGCUGUCGCUCGUCCAGCCCGCCAAGACGCACCUCGUCCAUGGCGCCGGGCAGCAGCAGCCCCAGCCGCAGCCCUUCACGGGGGCCGUGGCCAGCCCGCCGCUGCACAAGGCGCCGCAGCCCCUCAUCGCCGGCACCUCCAACCUCAGGACCACCGUGGUGCCUUUGUCCACCCUGGCACAGCCGCAGCCAGCGGCCAAGGCUCAGGUCGAAUCCGAUUCCUCAACAAUACCAGUGUCCCUUAGAGAUGAAGCGAAUGUCAAGUCCUCUAGCUUGUUGUCUCCUCUAGCAAUGCCUCUGGGCGACGGCGUGCAGCAUUCCUACGCGCCCCACCUGGUCCGCGCCACCCCGCCUGGCGUGCACGACUUGUCUCAACACCCGCACCCCGUGGCCGGCACCCAGUACGUCCACAACGUCAUGUACCAGUACCUCCGCGCGCAGGCCGCUCAGGCCGCGCACGGCGAGAGCCUGCUGCCCUACCACCUGGCCGCCGCGUCCGCCGGCGGUGCCUCGCCGCACGCGCUGGACCGCGCCACGGACUCGCCGCAGGUGGCCACCGUGUACCGCAUGCCGGCCGUCCCCGCGCACGCGCUGCACCCGACGCCGGCGUCCACCGCUGCCGCCACCGUGCCCGUGCCCUUGAACCACUCGCCGGCCGGCUCGGAGUCGUCGUCCACCGUCUCGGUGGCCAGGCCCACGCUGUCCAGCCCGCCGCUGUCCAACCAGGGGCCGCCGCAGCAUGACUCCCUCAUGAUGUUGCUACAGCGGUACCCAGUGAUGUGGCAGGGGCUUCUCGCUCUGAAGAACGACCAGGCGGCUGUCCAGAUGCACUUCGUCUUCGGCAACCCCAUCGUGGCGCGCGGCUCGCUGCCGUGCAACAGCGACGGCACCACGCCGCCGCUGCGUAUCGCGCAGAGGAUGCGUCUGGAGCAGACUCAGAUCGACGGCGUGACCCGCAAGAUGCAGACCGAGAACGAGCACUGCAUGCUGCUGGCGCUGCCCUGCGGCAGGGACACCAUGGACGUGUUGCAGCAGUCCAACAACCUGCAGACUGCCUUCAUUACUUACCUGCAGCAGAAGCAAGCCGCGGGCAUCGUCAACAUCGCAGCUCCGGGCUCGCAGCAGGCUGCUUAUGUGGUUCACGUCUUCCCGUCGUGUGAAUUCGCCAAUGAGAGCUUGGCGCGUAUCGCACCUGACCUUUUCCACAGGGUCGCCAACCUGGCCCAUUUACUCAUCAUCAUUGCCACCGUGUAGGUUUGAGUUCAGUCGUUAACACCGAGCUGAAAUUGACCCUGAAAUCAACCUAAUUAGACAUUUUUGACCAAACUACGCCCCUAUUCCUACUAGACUAAUUAUCGAAAGCCAUGUAUUCAACUUAGUCUUUAGUAGACGAUUUUCAGAUUAGUUGUUUGAGAACUUCAGCUGCCCGAAAAGAUUUUAUAUUAUUGAUCUCAGCUGUACUCUGUACAAGAUGCCCUUGCUUCAUGGAUCUUUUUAAAGCGUUUCAGUCUGGUCCUUUUGCUAUGCAGUAUGCCUGCAAUACUAUCUGGUAGCAUUUUUGUAGUCUUGUGCUCCACCAUCAGAAUAAAAACAAUAAAUUUUGUCAUCCUAAGAUACUAUGGAACCUGUAACAUACUUGCACCAUCCAUUGCAGAAUAUGUAUGACACUAUGGAUGAUGCAAAUGUGUUGGGUUGGAGGUGGGCAUGUAGUUCCAUAGUCUCUUAUUAUGACCAUUUGCAACCUCCUUUAUAUCUUGACUGGCAAACUAAAGGAGCAAGAGGAUCCAAGGGCAUCAUAUUAAGUUACCACUUGGAGCUGAACAUGCUAAAGAUACUUGCAAAAAAUUUGGUUUGCUUAUGAAAAUUGUGCUUUUUUAUGCUAGUUUCUCUGGUUGAAUGAGCCUCAUUCAACACUUGCAACAACAUUUGGAGAUUUUGUUGUUUAGAGAGAAGUAAUUUAAGAAUCUGCCUUAAAAUAUUUGUUCUGUAACUAAGUUUAACAUAAUGUAAUGCUCUUCUUUGUCAUGUACGGAAAUUUAUUUGAGCCAGUCAGGCUGUUGUUAUGUAGCUGUGAUGUUGACUCCGGCUCAGUCCGACCAAAUGAUUGAAAGUGGAAGUGACGUAUAUAAAUGCAUCUUUCAUGUUUCUGUCACUGUGAUUCUGUUGUUAUGUCUGCUGAAGGAUCGAUUAUUUAAGAACUUGAGUGAAAUAAGUAUAACUUAACCAAAUUUUUGGGGAAAAAGGAAAGUUUGGUUAACUUAACUUAUUGUUUAGGUUAGUGCUUAAUUACAAGUUUUAUGUUUGUAACGUGUGUUGUUACCAACAAGUACUAUUACGUUGCUGUUGCAAAAAAAUUGUUUUUUUUUUUCUUAUUCUGAACAUCAGAAAAAAAGUUUGAUUUUAAAAAAUUAUUAUUGUUUCUCUUGUCUGGAUGAUAAAGCUCGUAGCCCAAUGUGGCAUUGUUAGCUGUAGAAAGUUGACUGUCACCCUCCGCUCACUGUAUAUGUUUUGUACAGAAAGUGUUUUGAACUUUAGUCCAAGGUACCUACCAUAUAUAUAAAUAUAUAUAUGUAUAUAUAUAAAAAUAAUAUAUAUAUAAAUAUAUAGACCUAUACAAAUUAUUAUAUGUACAUAAAAGUAACAUCUAUAACUGUGUAAUUAGUAGUGUACAUUUGACAUUUAAAAAAGUAUGUGUAAAGAUUUGAUAUGGGAGUUAGCUUAGCGCUGACCCUGAGGCUGUUAAACUCAUAAAAAGUGUAGAUUCAAUUUUUUUUUCCUUAAUUUUUAUUUUAUCUGUGUGUUCUUCAAAUAUUGUUAUGACGAAAAUGAAAGUCAAGGUUUGAAGAAACAUGCCGUUAACCUAACACCAUUCAAGUACAAGCUUUCUGGUUAUAGCAAUUGCAACCUAUAUAUAUAUAUAUAUAUUAGUGCCUCAACACAUAAAACUAGAGAGGUGCAAGACACCUUAGAAGUCCUUUCUGUAAUUUCAAACCAUAUUGUCUGUUUGCUCAAAAAGAAAAAAAUCCGCCUUUAUAUAUGAUGAAAUAUAUUUUUUUGAUAAGAAUGGUUCAGACACAAACAAGGAUGUUGAGCUCCUGCUAUUUGUGUUUGAAAAUGUUGGGGAGGGGAGAGGGGGGAAACAUUCACACAUGUAAAUAUUCACAUACUUUUCCAGGCUGUGAUCUCUGCAUUAAGUUCUUUUCGUUUGACUAUAAAACAAAAAUCGUCCAGUGAUUUUAAGUUAUUAAUUUUAUGAAUGAAAAUAAAAUGUUUAUGAAACCAAAUUUAAAAAAGAAA